CGACCACAUUUUCAGUGCUCAAAAAACUCACUCGCCGACAAUGCUUGCAAACUUUCAACGUUCUCAUAUAUUCUGCAAAAUAUUUGUUACUUUAGGAACCGCAAGCUUAAUAUGGAUAUUGGUUUGCACAAACAUUCUGAUAUCUAAGCAGGCCAGUUUGUAUCGGCUUCCGAUUGGUUUCGAUCAAAGUAACUUCUUUUUUGGAGGUUCACCAAAUUUAAAGGACUUUGCUGACGAAUCUACGAUGCAUUUGCAAUCACUGUGCAACGAGAAUGCCACUAAACGAGGGCCACACCAGAAAGUUGUCUCGUACUCAUUCUUUGGAACUCUUGCCAACUCAGUUCGAGGCUUUUUAGAAGGAAUCGAAAUUAAUGCCAGACUCGUCAGGAGUCACUAUCCAAACUGGGUUAUGCGAGUUUACCACAACAUGAGUGCUGAUCAGGGGCAAUUUAAAAUGAUACUAGAGUUUCUUAAAAUGAGCUACGGAGACGUGUUAGACAUGUGUUACGUUGAUGCGAUUCCUGAUGUUGGAAACUCGACUCACACGUGUUAUAUGUGGCGGUUUAUUCCAAUCGCCGACCCUCUUGUAGACGUUUGUAUUGUUCGAGAUCUCGACGGUGAAAUCAGUGAAAGAGAAGUAAAUGCGGUGCAAGAGUGGCUCUCUUCUGACCAUACCUUUCACGUUAUGCGCGAUCACCCUGGACAUAUGGGCCGGCACAUUAUGGCUGGCAUGUGGGGAGCACGAUUAGACACAGGAUUCAGAGAAUUCUUUUCUAAUCAACUGAGAAUGAUGUUUAGACUUGCAAUGGAGCCUGGGAAAGAACGGAGCUUUGACCAAAACGGUUUGAGAGAUACCAUCUGGCCACAGGGCGAAAAGGAUAAACGUUUCAUCUUACAGCACGAUAGUUAUUCAUGCACGAGUGAGAGAUAUUUGAAAGGAGGCGUAAUGCGGCCGUUCAAAGAUUGCAGAAAUGCGUCCCAACCGUACAAUUUUAUUGGCUCAAGGAGAGGAGUCGACAUGGAGCCUUUGAACAAAGUCUGUCCAGAACAGUGCCGACCGCGACCUGAAUGUAUUUAUUGUUAAAAUUUUAAGAGUA